AUGCUUCGACGCCAGUUAAGCAGUUUAUCUGGACGAAUACAGUCAAUUCCAAUGGCUCCUCCAGAUAAAAUUUUAGGUCUGACAGAGCAGUUUAAUGCUGAUAAGAACUCGAAUAAGACCAAUUUGACGGUGGGUAUUUAUAAAGACAACUGGGGCCAUGUAACGACUAUGCCAAGUGUUGCCAGAGCUCAGGCAAUGCUGGAUCAAAGUUUUGAGAUGAACACAGAUCUGUCGUAUUUGCCUAUCAAGGGCUGUCCCGACUUUCGAGAAAACGUUUUGAGGUUCUUAUACCGCGAAAGCUGCCCGCAAGGCGUAGAAUUUUUAAACCAGGAACGAAUCAGCUUCGUGCAGACGCUUUCUGGAACCGGAGCGCUAGCCGUGGCGUCGAAACUGCUUUCGUUAUUUAUGUCCCAUUCCGUGUGGUUCCCCAAUCCGUCGUGGCCAAACCAUGCGAACGUUUUCCAAAUCAACGGUUUCAAAAACGUCCACUACUACUCCUACUACAAAAAUGGGCAACUGGACGUUGACGGCUGGAUUCUGGACUUGGAAAAAGCCGCCAAGAAAACCACCGACAGCUUUCCCUCUUGCAUAGUGCUGCAUGCGUGCUGCCACAACCCUACUGGACUUGACCCAACGCUCGAACAGUGGACUCGCAUUUUGGACAAAAUUCAUGAGCUUAAAAUGAUCCCCAUCCUAGACAUGGCCUAUCAGGGUCUCGAUACAGGUGAUGUGUACAAGGACGCAUAUUUGCUACGUUUGUGCUUGGACGAAAGUCGAUACCAGUGGUCAAACGGACUAUUUCUAUGUCAGUCAUUUGCCAAAAACAUGGGUCUUUACGGAGAGCGGGUAGGCUCUCUCUCCGUUGUCACACCAAAGGGUGGAGACGAAAAACGUAAUGUCGACUCUCAGCUCAAGAAAAUCGUGCGCGGUAUGUACUCCUCGCCUCCAGGUUACGGCUCAAGAGUAGCCAAUAUCGUCCUGUCCAACCCACACCUGAAAAAUCUAUGGUUUCAAGACGUGGAAAACAUCGCCAAGAGAUUACAGUCUGUCAAGGCCAAGAUGGCAGAGCGCUUGGAUUGGGAAUCGCUUCAAGAUCCUACUCGCCAGCAUGGAAUGUUUCUCUACACUGGACUGAAUCCAUCGGACGUUGAUACCCUGAGAGAAAAAUUCUCGAUCUAUUUGGUACAAGACGGACGGCUGUCUUUAAGCGGUUUGAAUGAUUCGAAUAUAGACUACGUUUGCGACGCCUUGCGCAAGCUCAAAAAUUGA